CUUUUUCCCCUUGUAUUUUCCCUGCUACCUCCGCCUUUGUAUUUUGUUGCCAUAGCACUCUCAUCCGACUUUUCAUAAGAAAGCUACUGUGAUGCUCAAUCUUCUUGUACCGCCAUGGGCAACAUCUCGUCCCUCUUCGAGUCUGCGCCAGAGGAGCACAUGGCAAGCUACGCCAUUCAGCUCGAACAACAGAGGCCUGUAGUGGUCUGGCCACCAACUGCCGAUGCUCUGCCAGGCCAUGUUCGCGUCGAAUUCUAUGCUCAUCGGUUCAAAGUGCGCCACAAACUCAGAGCGGACAUAUCCUCUACCAUUCGCGUCGAGCCAUCUGGUGAUCUCUCUCUGUUUGCGCUUCGGAAACUAUGGGGAUUGGAAACAUGCAUGAUCAUCGACCCCGAUAACCUGCAGCUGGGAUUUCCGCAUGACCCAAAUGUAUUACCAGCAAAUGUGGUGCAGGAGCUCAUUUGUCGACAUGGGUGUAUCAAGGUUAUCGAACCGUAUGUAUCUGCGGACACGCUUGCAUAUCGCCAACUCAGACAGAUUGCCAUGGCGCUCUGCUCUGUUGUCUUCUCUUGGCUCACUCUCGUGCGACUCGAUUUUGAGAAGGAUCAAAAAUUGUUAGCACGACACUUUUCCGGUUACAUUCAGCAACCAUUCAACCCAGAGAGGACGAGGUUGGAGUUUCUCAGGGCCAUAGGCUGGUCUAUCGGGGCUGCCGAGCUGCUCUCGAUGUUCAUCAGCGUGAGGGAGGAUGGCUGGCUCGUAAUAUGUUGGAGUGUGGUGGUGACCAGCGCAUUCAUUGCUGGAUGUUCUGAGCAUUUCUACAACCUGAAGCACGAUGUACUGAUACCAACACUCUGCUAGUGGAUUCCCAUGAAUAUGUGUUAUGCCUACCUAUAUGCUCUAUGAAUUCUAU